CAAGUCCAAGUAACGUUCCUUGUUUUCUCCUUAUCUCUUUUACUUUCUCCUCUCUCUUUCCUCUUUCAUAGUUUUUUUUUUUAUGUUUCUAAAUUUAAAUAAACUCCCUGUCACAAGUCUCACUGCCGACUGCCGAGCACAGAGGAGCAGUCCUUUGUCUUCACAUUGCUAGCCGCCAGGAAGUCGCGCGCGGCAACCGCGAGACGGAUGCCGGACAAUUGUGGGAGAUUUGGAAGAUCAUAAACAAAAGUUUAUAAUUUCUUUCUUUGGAAGAAAGCCGGAGGGAAAUCACAAAAGACUUCAACUUCAUCUUCUCCGACAUCCGUACUUUCAUCCCGUAAUUCGCAUAUCAGCCCUGUUAGUAGAAAUAGCAUGUGUGCAUAGCUUUGCUAUAAUAAAAAUGGGUCAAAUAUGUUCCUACUUGAGGAAAUUUCUGUGUCCUAAAGCAAAAACAAUAACAAUAACACCAAGAGAUGAUCAUCAAGCCAAUGACUUAACAAUUCCUUUUAUAAAUACUCAUGAGAAGCAACUAGAAAGCCACUACAUCGACAUAUAUGAUCAUCAUAUUCAUGGUGAGCCAAUAUCGGGUUCGAGCACCGUCGAAACCAUUGAAAGUCAUUACAACAACUUGGAUGUUCUAAUUACUCCUCACAUUGUGGUUGAUCUGAAGAGUGGUGAUGAAGAAGAUGCUACGACGACGACGAAGAAGAGCAAGAAUAUAAAGAAAAAGAACAGGAAUGGAAAGAAAUUAGUCAUAGAUCAUGGUGAUAAGCAAGUAAUACCAGAAAUUGUCUUGGAAAAAAAUGUUACUAAUACUGUUAUUAAUCGUUUGUCUAGUGUUCCGAAAGAAAUAGUAAGGAGAAUAGGAUCGUACACUAGCGCACAGAGAAUACUACUCGUUGGUGAGGGUGACUUCUCGUUCUCCUCUUGUUUGGCUGUUGCUUUUGGUACUUCGCAUAAUAUAACUGCCACUUCUCUAAACUCCGAAGACUUUCUGAUCAAUAACUACGCAAAAUUCUUGACCAACAAAGCACAGCUUGUGACUCGAGGGAGCAUGGUCCUUCACGACGUUGAUUCCAGGAUUAUGCUGAAACAUCCAAUUAUUGGCAGCAUGGUAUUUGAUCGUAUCAUCUUCAAUUUUCCACAUGCUGGAAAAUUUGGUAAAACUGAUACUGAACUGCGUUUACAUCAAAAGCUGGUGAGGGGUUUCUUGAAGAACGCAAAGAAGAUGAUCGGAGAAGAUGGUGAGAUACACAUCACCUCGAAAUCGAAUGGAUUUUUUCUUGAGUGGGAUAUCCCAAAAAUUGGAAGUGAUCACGGAUUAAAUUUACUCCAAGAAGUAAAGUUUAAACGUAGCAAGUAUCCUGGCUAUAAUACCAAGUAUGGGUUUGGAGGGGACAAGGACUUCGAUUGUAGUAACAGCAAAACCUACAAGUUUGGUCUUUCACUUAAAUGAAAAUUCUGGCAUCUUAUAUGAAAAGAAGGCUAAUGUACUCUAGCAACUUAUUGAGUAUGGAGUGGGUGAAGUUUUUGUUGUUCUUUCAGCAUCAACUAAGGUCCUUUUUGGCAAAUAGAGUUUAGCUAUUAGAGUUUCGAGUUUGAUGUUAGAGUUUUGACUUUUUAUCAUUGUGUUUGGUAAUAAUUAACUAAUUGCUAAAAGCUUAUUGUCA